ACUAUAUAACCACCUACACAUACUUUGCCCUUUGCAUCUCUUUCUUUUUCUGCAUUCACUCUUGCCUCUGCUGCUUUUAGGUUAAAAUUAGUAUUCUUCUCAGAUCUACGUAGAAAAAAGCAGCAAUGGCGUCGGAGACUGAGACGUUCGCAUUCCAAGCCGAGAUAAACCAGCUUCUCAGCUUGAUCAUCAACACCUUCUACUCCAACAAGGAGAUCUUUCUUCGUGAGCUUAUCAGCAACUGCUCCGAUGCUCUGGACAAAAUCCGUUUUGAUAGUUUGACUGAUAAGAGUAAGCUUGAGGCGCAGCCUGAGCUUUUCAUUAAUAUUAUCCCUGACAAGGCCAACAAUACUAUCACCAUCGUUGACAGUGGAAUUGGAAUGACCAAGGCUGACCUGGUAAACAAUCUUGGAACCAUUGCAAGAUCUGGAACCAAGGAGUUUAUGGAACACUUGGCUGCUGGUGCGGAUGUUAGCAUGAUUGGGCAGUUUGGAGUCGGGUUUUACUCUGCUUACUUGGUUGCUGAGAGGGUGGUUGUUACCACAAAGCACAAUGAUGACGAACAGUAUAUCUGGGAGUCUCAGGCUGGUGGUUCUUUCACUGUAACUAGGGACACUUCUGGUGAGAACCUUGGAAGGGGUACUAAGAUCACCCUUUUCCUCAAGGAAGAUCAAUUGGAAUACCUUGAGGAGCGUCGUCUUAAGGACCUUGUCAAGAAGCAUUCUGAGUUCAUAAGUUACCCAAUUUCCCUUUGGGUGGAGAAGACUGUAGAGAAGGAGAUUUCAGAUGAUGAAGAUGAAGAGGAUAAGAAGGAGGAGGAAAAGAAGGAGGAGGAGGAGGAAGGUAAGGUGGAAGAUGUUGAUGAAGAAGAAAAGGACAAGGAAGAGAAGAAAAAGAAGAAGAUCAAGGAGGUGUCCCAUGAAUGGUCAUUGGUCAACAAGCAGAAGCCCGUCUGGAUGAGGAAGCCAGAAGAGAUCACUAAGGAGGAGUACUCUGCAUUUUACAAGAGUCUCACCAAUGACUGGGAGGAGCACCUUGCUGUGAAGCAUUUCUCAGUUGAGGGUCAGCUUGAAUUCAAGGCUAUCCUCUUUGUUCCCAAGAGGGCACCUUUUGACCUAUUUGACACAAAGAAAAAGCCCAACAACAUCAAGCUCUAUGUCCGACGUGUCUUUAUUAUGGAUAACUGUGAGGAAUUGAUUCCUGAAUAUUUGGGUUUUGUGAAGGGUAUUGUGGAUUCUGAGGAUCUGCCUCUCAACAUUUCAAGAGAGAUGCUGCAACAAAACAAGAUCCUCAAGGUUAUCCGCAAAAAUCUUGUCAAGAAAUGCAUUGAGCUCUUCUUUGAGAUUGCUGAGAACAAGGAGGACUACAACAAGUUCUACGAGGCAUUCUCCAAGAAUUUGAAGCUUGGUAUUCAUGAGGAUUCACAGAACAAAACCAAAAUUGCUGAAUUGCUUCGGUAUCACUCCACCAAAAGUGGAGAGGAGAUGACAAGCCUGAAGGAUUACGUCACAAGGAUGAAGGAGGGGCAGAGUGAUAUCUACUACAUUACUGGAGAGAGCAAAAAGGCUGUAGAGAAUUCCCCAUUCCUUGAGAAGCUGAAGAAAAAGGGGUAUGAGGUUUUGUUUAUGGUUGAUGCUAUUGAUGAGUACGCAGUGGGUCAGUUGAAGGAGUUUGAGGGGAAGAAGCUUGUCUCUGCAACCAAGGAGGGACUCAAGCUUGAGGAGACUGAAGAUGAGAAGACUAAGAAAGAAGCAUUGGCUGAGAAAUUUGAGGGACUUUGCAAGGUGAUGAAAGACGUGCUUGGUGACAAGGUUGAGAAGGUGGUGGUAUCUGAUCGCGUGGUGGAUUCCCCCUGCUGUUUGGUUACUGGAGAGUAUGGAUGGACAGCAAACAUGGAGAGAAUUAUGAAGGCUCAAGCACUGAGGGAUUCAAGUAUGGCUGGUUACAUGUCUAGCAAGAAGACCAUGGAGAUUAAUCCAGAGAACCCCAUCAUGGAGGAACUGAGGAAGAGGGCUGAAGCAGACAAGAACGACAAGUCGGUGAAGGACUUGGUUCUAUUGUUGUUUGAGACCUCUCUUCUUACAUCUGGCUUCAGCUUGGAUGAGCCCAAUACUUUCGGCAACCGAAUUCACAGAAUGCUUAAAUUGGGAUUGAGCAUUGAUGAAGACACUGCCGAAGCUGACACUGAGAUGCCUGCUCUAGAGGAGGCCGAUGCUGACGCAGAGGGUAGCAAGAUGGAGGAGGUCGACUAAAUCUAAUUCAUGUUGAUGAAUUUUGCAAUGCCUGGUGCUGCUUCUUUGUUGGAGUAAACAUGCUGAUGCUAUGUUAGAGCUUUAUGGUUUUUUUUUUUUUUUUUUUCCUUUCAAUUUUAGAGUUGAUUACAAGUGCAAACUAUAUGCCCUUACUUUAUGUUUCAACUUUUAAGAUGUAUGCUGAUAUUUAUUUUUCUA